AUGACGAGAACUUGGAAGUUAGGUUCAAUAAAUAGUCAAGAAUUUAAACUAUCAAAUAAUAUUAAACUCACACAACUUGGUGUGGAAUUUGAAGUGGGAAGGACUUUGCAACUAAGACCAAAUCAAGUUGUAAGAGAGAAUAGUAGAACAUUAUGGGUAUCUAAUAUUAAAAUAAACUUUAGAGGUGAAGAAACUGUAACAAUAAAUAGUUCAAGUCCAACUGCACGAACAAUAUUUUUUGAUUGUCAUUAUACUGUUUGGGAAUCUCAAGCCGAAUAUAUUCCUUGGAAAGAAUUUUAUCCUGGUGUAUAUAAAUAUGAAUUUGCACUUAAGCUACCUCCUGUUAAUUUUCCACCUUCUGUUGAGGGACCAAAGGGUUUUUCAAUACGUUAUGUAUGGCAACCUGUGAUCGAAGGAACUGGAGGUCCUCUUGACGAAGGACCAGAAGUUGUGACUCCUUUUGUACCUAUAUGGUUUGCCCCCCCUGAUGAGGAAUAUCAAUUUGCUGAAUUUUUGGAUAGACCUUCAAUAAAUGUUGAAGCAAUUCUACCUAAACAUAAACACGAACGAUCACUUGUUUCUACCAAAAGACAAUGUGAUGUUGGGAGGAAAACUCCGGGAGAAUUUGAAUUUUCUUUAUUAAUACCUAAAAAAUUUCAUUACGUACCUCCCACAUAUAAAGGCAACCAUUUAAGGGUAUAUUAUACAAUAAGAUGCGUUAUCCAAUGGGAAACUCGAAAAUUACUUCCUAACAUAGAAUUUUAUGAAGUAAUUAUUCCCAUAACCAUGGUAUCAUUUCCGCAUAUACCACAAGAUAAAGAUAAAAUUGAAAUUGAUACAAGUUAUCCUUCUCAUAAUGAAUCUCAUCUUAUUCCAUUCUUUUUUGAUCCUUGUAAAGAUUUUCCACCGAAUUAUCCAGAAACGGAUAAUAAUAAUAAUUAUCCAGAGACAAAUAAUAAUUAUUCAGAGAUAAAUAAUAAUUAUUCAGAGAUAAAUAAUAAUUAUCCAGGGAAAAAUAAUUAUCCAGAGAUAAAUAAUAAUUAUCCAGAGAUAAAUAAUAAUUAUCCCAAGGCGAAUAAUAAUAAUUAUUUUUCAAUAACAUCAAGUGAUUAUUCUUUUAGUGAAGAAGAAGUUUAUUCGAGGAAAACGGAUCAAACUUAA